CGCCGCGUUAGUAAUGUCUGAAGUUUCCGCCGUACGUUAUUUGAAACGGUAUAAGCUACUUUUUCUCCUGGGUUUCCUGCUAAUUUGCAUUCAAACGUUCCUUGCGUACCGAUCAUUGCAAAUAGUGCAGCUUAAAUCGAAGAAUCUUGGAAAUGUCCGUCCGAAGGUUACCAAAAAAUAUAACUCCGUUGCGAAGGGAGAAACCGCGAAACUUGAUAAUUUAAACACUCACGUCAACCGAACACUGCAACCCGGUGUACCACCCCCAAUAGAUCCGAAUACGAUUGGUUUUCAACCAAGCUGCCCAAUAAGCGAGAUUCAAGCUAUCUCGGCACUGAAACGUGCGAAAACCCUGGAGUGCCGAAAAAAAAUUGCAGAUAUACGAUGUCGCUUACAACGUGGCGAAUUAUAUCCAUCCAAACUGCCAACCCAUUGUCCAACAGGGAAUUACGUAGCCGGCAGACACCUCGGCUGCUAUAGGGAUGAAAAGCAGUCUCGAGUACUUCGAGGACAUUAUGUUAUUCUGAAGACGGAUAACACCCCGGAGAAAUGUAUGCAGUUGUGCCUACACUCAAGGUUCCCGUAUGCUGGGGUGCAGUUCGGGAUUGAAUGUUUCUGCGGUGAAGAUGAGCCCAAGGAAAGAAGGAAGGUGCCAGAUGCGGACUGUAAUGUACCAUGCUCUGGUAAUCCAAAUGUGGCAUGCGGUGGCCAUUAUGCUUUGGACGUUUUUGAGACAGGCAUCGAAAAAUUUCGGUCAGUCCGUGCCGAAAGGGUUCCUCCUGAGGAUGCUGUGCCUGUCCGUGUUGCAUUCUUGCUUACACUCAAUGGACGCGCUUUACGUCAAGUUCAGCGAUUAAUUAAAGCAAUUUAUUCACCUAAACAUUUUUACUAUAUACAUGUUGAUGCGCGUCGUGACUAUCUAUACCGCGAGCUACUCAAACUGGAGGAUACUUUCCCCAAUAUUCGUCUUGCCCGUCACCGCUUUUCCUCUAUUUGGGGUGGUGCCUCUUUGGUCUCGAUGCUGUUACACUGCAUGGGCGACUUGUAUCGUUCAGAGUGGAAAUGGGAUUUUGUGAUGAAUCUGAGCGAAAGUGACUUUCCGUUGAAAGUAAUUGAUCGUAUCGUUGAAUUCCUAACCGCCAACCGUGAUCGUAACUUUCUCAGGGGCCAUAAAAAGGAAACAUUCAAUUUUAUUUCAAGGCAAGGUAUGGAGAAGGCGUUCGUUGAGUGUGAAAAUCGCAUGUGGCGAAUAGGAGAUCGUGUCUUACCGGACGGGAUUCAAAUUUAUGGAGGAAGUGAUUGGAUUGUCUUAUCUCGAAGUUUCGUCGAAUAUUUAGUGAAACCAGAAGAUGAUGUAAUGUUGGCCGGAAUGAUAAACUACUGGCAAUACAGUUUAAUGCCAGGGGAGUCAUUCUUCCACUCGGUCUUACGAAACUCAAAGUUUUGUGGAACCCACGUAGACGAUAAUAUGCAUGUAGUUAACUGGAAUAGGCCAAUGGGCUGCAAAUGCCAGCAUAGGCACAUUGUAGACUGGUGCGGAUGCAGCCCGAAUGAUUUAAAACCUGAAGAUUGGCCAAUGAUCAAGGCAACCAAAAACAAAGCCUUGUUCUUUGCUCGGAAGUUUGAAGCCAUAAUAAGCCAAGGUUUAAUACUUAAAAUAGAAGAAUGGCUUUUUGGACCAUAUUCUAGUCACUAUCUUAAUUUGGAUGCAUAUUGGGAAAGUUUAUAUCAUCACCAAGAUCAGAGUCCUCCAGAUGAAACUGCAUUAGCAAUCUCAAAGAGCUUAAUGAGGUUAGUAGGUGACGAAAAUGAUUUUGAUCCUUUGGAUCUGAAGGAAAUCACCCAUUUUAAGCGUAAUGACGUAUACAAGGGAUUCAUUUUAAGAUACACAGCACUCUUCAGGAACACAACGAUUGAGUUAGAGACUCGGAUACAGCCGAGGCACAACUGGAGAGUUGCUCGUAACUCAGUUUUAUCCAAAUGUAUUACCAACUUUGAAGUUAGCACUGAUUUCGACCAAAAAGAGCAGGUAGGACGCAACUUCGCUAAAUUUUUGGGGCCUACAUCAGAACCGGUGCUGGUCAUUCAUUACAGCGAUUUACCCCUGAAUCAGUCAUAUAAGCUGUCUGUCCUUUGGGCAGACCCGGACGGAGAAGUGAAAGACUCUGAUGAUCUGAAUAUUGAAUACAAUGAAUUGGAGACUAUACAAUUUUCGAAAUCAAGCUUGAAGCGCCCUUUAGAACCGGGAAUUUGGACUGUUAGCCUUGUAAAUGACACUCAUAUAUGUGCUCAAAGCGAAUUUCUUGUGGUACCUCUGGGUACUGAGCGUGGGAAGCGAAGCCGAAAGCAUCGAAGAAAAACUAGGACUGCCACUACACAGAAUAAUGUUUCGUUCCCAAAAGACUGGCGGCAAUACUUUUUUGUGAGCAAGAGCACGAAGCGACCGAAAGUAGCUGCUCGACUUAAAUCAAGGAAGCAUGAUGAAGAUUUCUACGAUUCGGUAGAUACCCUUGUUUCGGAAUUCUUUUCUAUUCGCAGCACGUGUAGUGUCCAAGGUGCGGAUGAUGAGUUUGAAAACUGUAAAGAGACGGACUGGAGUACACUGGCUCCAGAUCCAAAGAGCGAUAUCUAUUCGUUAUCGAAUUCCCAGCAAAAGUGAAACAUAUAUUUUAUAGAUAACCUUUUUGUUUACUUUUGUACUAGCAUGAUAUUUGUUAGUAGAUAUUGUUACGACUCUUGACCUAAAUAUAAAAAUUAAGACUAGAAAAAAUUAUGGAUUCUUACGAAAACACAACUCUCGUUGAAAUCUGACUUCUG